AUGGCGGAGAGCCCCCUUAUUUGCAUGGUUUCCUUGGGUGAGAGAGCAAUGUUCUCAAGGGUAACUUGUGCAACCUCUUUUUUUGAGUUUAAGUUCGACGUGGCUGAGAUGUUGAAGGUUCCUUAUGAUGCGCUAUCAAUGGUUUAUAAAUCUGAAAGGAUCCCUGAUCUGAGUUUUGAGAUCGAGAAUGAGGAUGAUAUGGAGUGUAUGGUGGAGCACAACCGUAAUAUCGGGUGUCUGGAGAUCCAUAUUCGAGCUACUAUAGAUGUAGAUGUUUCCAGAUGUGAGAACACCCCGAAGCAACCUCCUGAAAUCAUUAUGAAUACACUGAAGCCAAAGUUUAUUGAUAGUACUUCUGCCGCAAACCAUGGUUCUGAAAGAAUUCCAAUUGAUAAUCCCAGUGGUAGCAGUGUAGUGCGUUCUGAUGACAUUAUUAACAACACAGUAAUGAUUCCUGGUUGGUGGCAUAAUGCAUUAACUGAAGAGGGUCAAGAAUUUGAAAGUGCUGAAGAAUUAAGGUUGGCGCUGACAUACUAUUCUCUGGCCAAAAUGUUUGAUUAUGAGUUUAAAAAGAACGAACCAAAACGUAUCCGUGUAUAUUGCCGAUAUAAAGAAACUUACGAGUGCCCAUGGAUGUUGUUUGCUUCACCUGUUAAGAAUGAAAAUAGGCUAUCGAUCAAGAAGUUUGUUAAUGAACAUACUUGUGGGCAGUAUGGGCAAAAUACAGGCCGUUCAAGGGCAUCCCGUAAAUUUAUUGCAACACAGUUACAACCACUCCUGAAGGUCCGUCCAGAAAUCCGACCCGUUGAUGUGCAAAAGGAGUUCCUCACAAACUACGGCCUUAGAAUUGAUUACAGUAAGAUAUGGUGGGGGAAAGAGAGAGCACAGGAGAAGCUUUACGGGGAUAUAUAUGAGUCGUAUGAUCAACUACGAUGUUACCCCAAUAAUGUGUUAGCUUUUUUUGGUCGCUUGUUAAGCUACACGGAUAACAUGUUAACUUGUUGGUUUGUUUCUUCUUACACGACUAGGUAUGAGCGCAUGGUAAAAGAGACAAAUCCCGGCAGUUACAUACAUGUUGACCAGAAUGAGGGGAGGUUUUCGAGACUCUUUGUUUGUUAUGCUGCAUGCAUCAAAGGUUUCUUGAGUGGAUGCAGACCCCUUCUAUUUUUGGACGGUACAUUUUUGAAGGAUCGAUAUAAAGGUAUUCUCCUCUCGGCCAUAGCAUACGAUGGGAACCAAGGUAUAUUUCCCUUAGCGUAUUGCAUAUGUGAUCAAGAGAAUUUGAUGAAUUGGAAGUGGUUCCUCCAAGGUCUAUGGUCCAUACUUUAUGAGAGGGCUGACCCUUACAAUCCUCCCCACCAAUUGGUUAUAAUUUCUGAUGCGGACAAAGGAAUUAAAGAAUCAGUAAAAGAGUAUUUUCCAGAAGCUCUACACUCGAGGUGUGUUCUACAUCUUGUUGAAAAUUUCAGGUUAAAGCUUAAGGACUUGGGUAUGAAGUCGAAGGACACUCAUGUUCUUGGGAACUUACUCCAAAGUGCUUGUUAUAAAUACACAAUAGCAGAAUGGAAUGAGUACAUGAAAGAGAUAUAUGACAUGGAUCCAAGGGCAUACAACAUUGCUAUGAACUACUCUCCUGAUCAAUGGGCAAAUGCAUUCUUCCCGGGAAUAAGGUAUGGGCACGUAACAUCUAAUGUCGCUGAGUCUUUUAAUAAUUGA